AUGUCGAGCGUAACGGCGGACCUAGAGUACUUCAAAUGUGACUUGUGUGGGGUGUAUUUUCACAGAGACAUCUUCUGUGAUCACCGGCGCGAGUGUAAGGGUCUUGACUCAACAGAACUAAAGAAGAGUGAGUGCCGGCAGAUUGAGGCUGCACUAAAUGAAGAGAUGCGACGCCGCUUUGGAUUAGGAGAGGCAGGGAAAACACAGGUGAUACCUAUUGAACUUGCUGAAAGACAUCAACAGGCACGUGUGCGGCGGAACGUGGCAAAUGCUUAUCAGUCUGAAAUAGACAAAAAGUUGGAGGAACAGUUCAAGUCUGAUAAAAUGAAGGCAUUAGCAGCAUUUUUGGAGGAGUGA